AUGGUGAAAUUCACUGCAGACACUAUAACUUCAGGCGCGUGUGAGCUAGAUGACCUGAUCUUCAAGAAUGGUCAAGAAGCUCUGUCUCGAGAACUUGAAUCAUUUGUGAAUGAAUUCGAGACAAAACAACAGCUCACUACCGCAGGCUCUUUAGCAAAAACUUAUGUGAACAUCACAACGUGUGAUUCAAAACUAAAAGUGGCAGCUUCUAAAGCAGAUUUAUCCAACACACAACUAGAGAUUGCCAAAGCUCAACAAAAGCUCAGUACACUAUUAGAUGCAGUGAAAGAAGCACAAACAAGAAACAACAAUAUUCCCUUUGAAUCCGAGAAAGAGGCAUUUCUGAAGCAACAGCAGGACAGAAAGAAGAAAUUGGAGCAGGAAAUUCGACGAGAGGCCGACCUAUUAGAUGAAACUUAUGCGAAAAAGACUCGGGAAUUGAUACAUAGAAACCUUGUAGGUUCUCAAAGCUGGUUCAAAUUUUGA